AUGACAUCCGCUAUCACCGAAACUGCACCUGUGGUGGCUCCCGUCGUUGAAGAGAAGAUUACACUGACAGGUCUCGCACGUGAGCCUAUCAAGUACAGCGGGACUCUCGAUGCCUUCGAGUCCUUCGAUGUCACUCCAGUUAUUGGACGCGAAUUCCCCAAUGCCAACUUGAAGGACUUCCUGCUCUCACAACGAGGAGUGGUCUUCUUCCGUAAGCAGGAUAGCCUAGACAAUGACCUACAAAAGGAGCUUGUCCAGCGACUUGGUGAACUCUCGGGCAAGCCAAGCACAUCCGGACUGCAUAUUCACCCAGUGGCAAACUCAGGUCGGGAACACAGUGUCAAAGACGAUGAGAUCAGUGUGAUCAGUUCCGCUAGCCGAGAAAAGCUGUACAAGGACAGAAACACGCGCAAGCAGACUUCGCGCAGAGAGUGGCACAGUGACAUCACCUUUGAGCCCAUCCCUAGUGAUUAUACUCUCUUGCGUCUCACGGAGCUCCCGAAAACCGGUGGUGAUACCUUGUGGGCCUCUGGCUACGAGGUUUACGAUCGUAUCUCCGAGCCCUACCAGAAGUUCCUGGAGGGUCUGACCGCAACCUAUGCGCAACCCGGUUUCAACGAAGUUGCCAAACGCAACGAUUUCACAAUCCACCCUGGUCCUAGAGGGGCACCUGAGAACGUUGGAGAGGAGCUCCGAGCUGAGCACCCUGUCAUUCGCACCAACCCUGUAACCGGCUGGAAGAGUGUUUUUGCUGUCGGCACGCACGUGCAGAAGGUCAAUGGUGUCUCUGAGGAGGAGAGCCGUCAUCUUCUCGACUGGUUCGUGUCUCUCAUCGUUGAGAACCACGACCUGCAGGUGCGCAAUCGCUGGCAGAACCCGAACGAUCUUGCUAUCUGGGAUAACCGAUCGGUAUACCACGCUGCAACUUGGGAUUAUGACGGCCUUGGUCCGCGCACUGGACACCGCGCUGUCGGCCUCGGAGAGAGGCCAUAUCUGGACCCUAAGAGCAUCGGAAGACGGGAGGCGCUCGCCAAGAGUGAAUGA